AUGACCUGCGUGCCUCCAUUUUCAUUUCUCGUUCCGCCACACUCAUGUCUGGUUCUUCCCACCUUGACCUCUGGGACAUUCAAAGCCCCUGCUUCAAUCCCCAUUCUCUUCAUCAUCCCACCUCUCACGGCCACAGUGGCAGCGCUGCUGAGCAUCAAGACAGCCUUGGGAGUGACGCACACAGGGUGGGCGGUGAAUGCUGUCUGCACGCUGGCAGGGACAUGUGGCACUGUAACGAGUGGGAGCUUGACGGGUGUGGAGUGUGACUCAGCUGGCAACCCUGUCAAGAUCACUAUCAACAACCAGCAGCUGUUCGGAGUGCUCCCUGCUGAUGUCACCAAACUCACAGUACUUACUUACCUCAACCUGCAGUCCAACCUGUUCAAGGCACGCCUUAAAGAUUUUGCGUUGAGGCUACCUGCCCUCACCAACCUGGCAGUGCUCUUGCUAGACUACAACUGGUUCAAGGGCUCGCUGGCCCCGCCUCUCCUUGCCAUGACCAAACUCACCCGUCUGAGCAUGGCGUACAACUACCUGACAUACCGCGUGCCACCGGUGUCAGCAUCGCUCAAGGCAGUUGUCCUCUCCAAUAACUUCCUCUCGGGCACCUUCCCUGCUAACUCCACCACCUCUUGCGUCUCUGCUGCCAAGUGCUUCACCAGCGCCACCACCUGCAACACUCCUACUAAGGGGCGCGUCACGGAGCAGCGAGCAUCGGGCUGUGACAUUUGCGGCAGUGCAAGUGGUCAGGGCAUGCUGUGCGGUGGCACAGGGGUGUGCACGCCCAAUGCUGCUGAACUGUUCACUGCCAAGACGGCGAAUACUGCUGGUGCUGCUGCUAUUCUCCCCAUGGCUUGCGUUUCGGCACCGAUUGCGUGCCCCACUGUCUGGCGCUGCCAGGGUCUCAAGUUUGCGGCACCUGCCAUCUCCAACUGCAUUGGCUACCUCUGCAAUCCUUAG